AUGGCAGCACAGAAGGCACCACGAGGUGUUGAGAAGAAGCGCAAGUCAAAGAAGAGGAAGUCAAGAACAGAGGUCUCCUCCUCAGAGUCCUCCAGCGACAGCGAAGUAGAGCAAAAGAAGAACAGGAAAAGCCCUUCAACAGAGCCAGAGUCUGCGGACACCACGCCAGAGCCCACCCCAGCACCCACCAAGAAAGAGAAGAAGAGGUCCAAAUCAAUCCCAGCACCGACCUCAAAUGGCGACAUUUCCAUGAGCGAUGCGUCGCCCUCGCUCUCUCCUGCACCCGUGUCGGCGCCAGUCUCUAAAUCCAAGGCAGCAUCCGGAAAAGAAGAGGAAGAGUACGACGCCAUCUACAUCCGCAAGAUUACUACUGAGCUGGCCGAUGAUCUCGACAAAGUGCGCGAAGCUCAAGAUUUCAAGGCGAACAGUAUCCCCAUGCUCAUUCAUGCGCUGAAGCAGGGCGAGAGUCUGUUCUCGGUGGAGGAAAAGAGGAGGGUUAUUGCCACGUCUAAGGCUUAA